AAAGGGUAUGUUCUGAGUUUUUCCGUGUGUUCAUUUGUACGCGUUUUUUCCCCUUGACUCUCUCUAUACUCUUUAUUAACUAAUCGCUCGCUCUCUUCUUCCACUUUUUAUUUUCUUCCUUUUUCUCUCUCUUUCUUUCCAUAUAUUCUCUCUCACACAAUUCAUCAAACACCUUUCGAUCAAACCCAAAAACACACAGUAAACGGAGAACGUAAUCGCGGUUUUAAUUUGGCUGAUUGUAAUUGAUUUAUUGACCUAACGCUGAUUUGAUUUAAUUGAUUGAUUAACCGGAGAAAAAGAUGAUGAGAUUAUGUUAUAGGCCAUUGGAAAGGUGUUUAGGGAGGCGGAGCGGAGAUGGGCUAUUGUGGCAUACGGAAUUGAAGCCGCAUGCCUCCGGCGACUUUUCAAUGGCGGUAGUACAGGCUAAUUCCUCUCUAGAAGACCAAAGUCAAGUCCUUACUUCUCCUUCGGCUACCUAUGUUGGUGUCUAUGAUGGCCAUGGCGGCCCUGAAGCCUCCCGUUUCGUCAAUAGACACCUCUUCCCUUAUUUGCACAAAUUCCAGAAAGAGCAAGGGGGUUUAACAUCAGAGGUGAUAAAGAGGGCAUUUAAUGCUACAGAAGAGGAUUUUAUUCGAUUGGUGAAGCAAUCAUUGCCUUUAAUGCCGAAGAUUGCUUCAGUUGGAUCAUGUUGCUUGGUGGGUGCUAUUUCAGGUAGUGAAUUAUACGUAGCUAAUUUAGGAGACUCUAGGGCAGUUCUUGGACGCAGAGGUUUUGAUGGGGAGAGAACUAAAGUGGUUGCAGAAAGGUUAUCGACUGAUCAUAAUGUUUCAUGUGAGAAGGUGCGGAAAGAGGUUGAAUCACUUCAUCCUGAUGAUUCAUCUAUAGUGGUAUACUGUCGAGGAGUUUGGAGAGUUAAAGGCAUAAUUCAGGUAUCUAGAUCUAUUGGAGAUGCCUAUCUCAAGAAACCUGAGUUAAACAGGGAUCCUGUCUUUCAACAAUAUGGAAAUCCUGUUCCUUUGAAGCGGGCUGUACUGACAGCAGAACCUUCUAUUGUUACAAGAAAACUUAGACCACAUGACCUAUUUGUGAUAUUUGCUUCUGAUGGCCUCUGGGAACACCUAAGUGAUGAAGCAGCUGUGGAAAUAGUCUUUAAAAACCCAAGAGCUGGAAUAGCUAAGAGAUUGGUGGGAGCAGCCCUUAAGGAGGCUGCUAAGAAGAGAGAGAUGAGGUACAAGGACAUAAAGAAGAUAGAGAAGGGGAUUAGACGUCAUUUCCACGAUGACAUAACUGUUAUAGUGAUCUAUCUUGAUCACCAGAAGAGCUCUUUCCACUCCAAAAGCACCGUUGGUUGUAUCACUGCGCCUGUGGAUAUCUCGUCCUAUCAUUCAGAUGGUGUUGCAGAUGAACCAAGUGGUUAAGAGUUUCUUAAACAGCCAAUAUAGCCCCUCGGGGCAGUGUAUAAUGGAUACAGUAGGAUUAUAUAUAGUAGUGAAAAGGAAACGGUACAUGGAAAGAAUACAGGGUGGUUGUACAUAAAAUCACAGUUUUGGGUGGCUGGUUGAAUGCAUUGCCAGCAGAAGCUUUCAGUUUUAGGAGCUGACCAAACAGAUUUUUUUGUUUUUACCAAAAGGGUUUUUUCUUCUCUCUCUCUCUCUCUUAGUGAAAUGGAGGCCCAUGAUUUUGAGCUGAAGUAGUUUUUCAUUACUUUAUAGUUA